AUGAAAUUAUCGUAUUAUUUGAUGGGAUUGACUUUCCUCUUCAGCUUCUUGAUUCUCUAUUCUCGGAGGGCAUUUGACAUCUCAAACGACCUGAGCCUUCAUCGAUGGUUCCCACUUCAAAAGGAAGAUACUUGUAACUUGUUCAGUGGUCACUGGGUUCAUGAUCUGAGAGGGUCUCAAUAUACAAAUGUGAGCUGCUUAUCAAUCCCUGACUCCAAGAAUUGUUUCAAGCAUGGGAGGAAAGACACAGAUUUCUUGAAAUGGAGAUGGAAACCUGAUGCCUGUGAGCUUCCAAGAUUCGAUCCCAGGAUUUUUUUCGCAAUAGUUCGAGGAAAGACAAUGGCAUUUAUAGGAGAUUCAGUUGCUCGGAAUCAUGCCGAAUCGCUUAUUUGUCUCUUAUCCCUGGAGGAAGUCCCAGUGAGCACGUACAGAGAUGUUGAUGAUCGGUUUCGAACUUGGCACUUCCCUAACAAUAACUUCACUCUCAUGGUCCUAUGGACUAGGUUCUUGGUGACGGGCGAGGAGAGAGUGAUCAAUGGAACAAAUUCUGGUUCCUUUGAUUUGCAUCUAAGCAAGAUUGACCAGAAUUGGACAAGUAAACUCCCCGAAAUGGACUAUGCAAUAAUCUCAGACGUGCAUUGGUUUUAUAGGAAGCACUUCUUAUAUGAUAAUGAAAAUAUGAUAGGGUGUAUAUAUUGCGGCGAACCCAACAUCAAAAGCUAUAGUCUUGAGUUUGCCCUUGAGAAGAUAACAAGACUUGUGCUUAACUACAUCAACGAGUGCAAAGAAUGCAAGAGCUUAGUGACCUUGUUAAGAACAUACUCACCAGCACAUUUUGAGAAUGGGUCAUGGAACACAGGAGGGAAUUGCAACAGGACAAGACCUCUCCAAGAAUCAGAGAUUAGCAUGGAAGGUAUAGAUUGGAAGCUUAGAAGCAUUCAAGUGGAAGAGAUAGAAAAGGCAAGAAAAGUAGAGAAGAAAGGGAAAAGAUUUGGGGUUUUGGAUGUCACCAGGGCUAUGCUAAUGAGACCUGAUGGUCACCCUGAUGCUUAUUGGGGUAAUAAAUGGAUGAAAGGUUAUAGUGAUUGUGUCCAUUGGUGCAUGCCAGGCCCCAUCGAUGCAUGGAAUGAUUUAUUAAUGGCAUUGCUUAAGAGAUACAUUGAUUCCUCUAAACUUAGAGAGAUAAAUCAAUGA